UCAGUGUUUGGCUUUAUUUCCUCUUACGUUUGUGAAGUGUCAAGCGUAUCUACUAUAUACUGUUGGAGAUAGAACAACAUACAAUGCCCCCGCUUCCCCCGCCGGAGCUUCCUGAGCCAGCGCAUCCGGACGUCGACUCGAUGCUAAGUCGCAAGUUUGGAAGAGAGGUCGCUAACUACUUCUCCGGCUCUCCGUUAAACCGCGUGUCUUUCCUCCGCGCCGACCAUGCCUUCCUCUCUGCCGCCCUUCACCAUCCAAGCACAACCUUCCUCCUUUUUAACAAACUCGAGCCCCUCUUGAAGUCUCCUACCGAACUCGCCCAAAAGAAGUUCGAGGAUGUCAAAUCUAUCAUCGGCAACAAUCCUUUCGAGCGGUCAGAGACAGACACCAUUGCGCAAUACAACUCCUCCCUCUACCUGCCUCAGAUAAUAUUUCUAGGCCUGCAUGAGAAGAAAGAAGGUUUAGUGUAUAAGGAACAUUAUAAGGGCCAGCCAUGGUUUGCGGUUGAUGUUACCCCAAAGGAAAGCGUAAAAGAAGAGGCAGAGAAGUUGGUAGAGAGGUUGCUUGGAGAGGGAUUAGAUUUUAGCAAGGGAAGGAUGCAUUUGAGUUUGCCAGCGAUAGAAGCCGCCAUUUAUGCCGAAGCCCGCCACCUCCUCGACUGGAACGCGCGAAACCCCUACUGCGCAUCCUGCGGCUACAAGACGCUCUCCGUACACGCCGGCUUCAAACGCACAUGUCCUCCCAAGGACAUCGCUGAGUCAGUAGCUACCGCAGGCGAACGUCCCCCGUGCGCUACCCGAACCGGUGUUUCUAACCUUUGCUUCCCGCGGACAGAUCCGACGGUCAUCAUGGCCGUUGUCUCAGCGGACGGAAAGAAGAUACUGCUGGGUAGACAGAAGAGGUGGCCACCACACUGGUACAGUACCCUAGCCGGCUUCCUCGAACCCGCCGAGUCCGUCGAAGAAGCCGUGCGUCGUGAAGUCUGGGAAGAAUCUGGUAUCCAUCUUGGACGUGUAGUCAUUCAUUCUACGCAACCGUGGCCUUAUCCUGCCAAUUUGAUGAUUGGCGCAAUUGGGCAGGCUAUUCCUGGUGGAGAGACGAUCCAUCUAGGCCAUGACGUGGAAUUAGAGGACGCAAAGUGGUUUACGGCAGAGGAAGUGAGGGAGGCUCUAAGGGUUGGAACGAGUGGGCUUGGAGACGAUGCGGGGCCAGAGUACAAGGAAGGCGGACUUAGGUUGCCGCCGCAGACGGCGAUUGCGAACCAACUUAUGACGGCGUUUGUCAAUGGCUUUGCUAGUGGGUCGCCUAUGAUAUAGUCUGCAUGUGAUUUCGAGUUGGGAAAUGACUUAGAAUCAGGCGGUUGUAGAGAUUGGAUGAAGUCUCGCGUCUAGACU